GCUGCAGACCCGAGCCUGUCGGAGCAACUCCGGCAGAGAGGAGAGAGGAGGAAGGAGGUACGAGGCGGGGAGCAGGGCGAGCAUGACAUGUGAGCAAAGUCUGCACAGCGACGACACUCCGUCAAAGUAUGCUGUGUGCGGCUCGGCGCUCCGCGGGACUUUGCGCAGGUGAAUGAGAGCGCAGCGGCUUGUGUGACGCUCCGGCGCCGGGAGGAGACGCGCGGUCAGUCCGCCUGAGCAGGUGCUGCAGCCGGCGGGGAGGCGGAGGGAGAGCCGCCGCUUUCAUUAACUGUCCGCGCGACGGCUUCACCGAGGGGCGGCAGAGACAGAAAGACACCGGGGAGGACACUAUGUCAAAGGAGACACGAGGCAGAGGCUCAGCACGAAAACACAGCACCGCUCAUUGGUGUCUGCAGGAUAUCGCCCAAGAAUCAGUUGAAAGCUCCGAUGAGGAGUUCUUUGAUGCCAGAGAUGUUAUGGAGGGGAAGAGUGCCAUUCUGUUGGGCAUGAGUCAAUGGAACUCAAAUGACCUGGUGGAGCAGAUCGAAACUCUGGGGCAUAUGGAGAACCAGUCUCAUGAGGGUCUGUACCAGCUGGGAGGUCCACGGUGUGCUCCUCAGAGCAGCAUCGAAGGGCUGGAUGAUGCAGAGAGGAAAUGUAAGACUCACGUGCUGCUCCUCGUGGUGCACGGAGGAAACAUCUUGGACACAGCAGGUGGUGACCCGAGCACAAAAGCUGGCGAUGUGGCCACGUUGGCCUCGGUGUUAGAGAAGGUGACACGGGCGCAUUUCCAGGCUGUGUCGGAGCAUGUGAUGAUCAAGCUGGUGCCAUGUCCUGCCGUGUGUGCCGAUGCCUUCUCCCUGGUGUCUAAUCUGAACCCAUAUAGCUACGAUGAGAGCUGCGUGUCCAGUAGCGUUGACCAUCUGCCUCUAGCUGCCCUCCCGCUCCUCGCCAUCGUGUCUCCACGCUACCAAGAUGCUGUGGCGACCGUCAUCAACCGGGCCAACCAAGUUUACCACAACUUCCUGCAGUCGGAAGAUGGCCAGGGAUUCACUGGGCAGGUUUGCCUGAUGGGUGACUGUGUGGGCGGAGUGCUGUGCUUUGACGCUUUGUGCUUCAGCAACCACCCGAGGCUGGGCAGCCCCAACAACAACAGCAGCAGGAACAACAGCACCGAGAGCCUGAAGGACAACACGGGUCGGCUGGGGGAGUCCAGUCCCAGCCUGAGUUCAAGCAAGAGGUUGAGCAAAAGCAACAUCGAUAUUUCUGCUCCCAAUGAUAGCCAGAGCGGCCCGUCACUCAGCCGUAAGCAGAGCGACUCGUACGACGGAGACACCUCGUCCACUGGGCAACGCAACUUUUUUUCCAGCAGCAUCAGUCUGGAGUUGAACCCUGGUCGUUUCGACUUUGAGGUGUCAGACUGUUUCCUGCUGGGCUGUCCUCUGGGCCUGGUUCUGGCCAUGAGACGCACUGUGCUGCCGGCUGUUCAGGUGAGUCAGCUUCGUCCGGCCUGUUCUCAGAUCUUCAACCUGUUUUAUCCCUCGGAUCCGUCAGCCUCCAGACUGGAGCCGCUGCUGCAGCCUCUCUUCCACAAGUUGCCACCAUUUGCAGUGCCGCGCUACCAGCGCUACCCUCUUGGAGAUGGACGCUCGCUGCUCAUUGCGGACAGUAUCCAGAGCCACCCAAGUGUGUUUUUAGAAGAUGAGCAGCCUCAUGGAGGUACACCUUCACCCUCUGAAGUAAAGAAUGAAGAAAAAGGUGGGAGUGACGGGAGAGGUCGUAAAGCCAGUGUUACCAGUGUGGAGAGUGAAAUGUCCGCUUGCUCCAUAGGCCGACUGGGAAACACCAUCGCUAACAUUUCUGGUAGCUGGUGGGGCUCCAAGAGGCUGGAUUUUGCUCUAUACUGCCCAGAUGUGCUCACAGCGUUCCCGACUGUGGCUUUGCCACACCUUUUUCACGCCUCUUACUGGGAGUCCACGGAUAUCGCUGCUUUUAUUCUUCGGCAGUUGAUGCGGUGUGACUGUGUGAAGACCCAGGAAGUGGACAACAUGGACUCAACUUCCUUCUCCCCCUCCAGCCCACGAGAAAAAUGGCUCAGAAGAAGGACGCAUGUCAAACUCAGGAACGUCACUGCCAACCACAGGGUGAAUGACGUUAUCGCCAUUGAGGACGGCCCCCAGACUCUGGUGGGUCGCUUCAUGUACGGUCCCUUGGACAUGGUCACUCUAACCGGAGAAAAGGUCGACAUCCUGGUGAUGACACAACCACAAUCUGGCCGGUGGGUGUACUUUGACACAGAGGUGACCAACAGCAGUGGCAGAGUCACAUACACCAUACUGAAAAGCAAAAGACUCGGCCUUGGAGUGUAUCCAGUUAAAAUGGUUGUAAAAGGAGAUCAAACCAGUGCUGAGGCGUAUCUGACAGUGCUGCCACGGGGAAUGGAGUGUGUGGUCUUCAGCAUCGAUGGAUCAUUUGCUGCAAGUGUGUCCAUCAUGGGAAGUGACCCCAAAGUCCGGCCUGGAGCUGUCGAUGUUGUCAGGCACUGGCAGGACCUCGGGUAUCUCAUCAUCUACAUCACAGGCCGGCCUGAUAUGCAGAAGCAGCGUGUGGUGUCGUGGCUCUCGCAGCACAACUUCCCCCACGGGAUGAUCUUCUUUUCAGAAGGCCUGGUACAUGAUCCCCUGAGACAGAAGACCAUCUUCCUCAGAAACCUCAUACACGAGUGUCACAUUAAGAUCAACUCUUCUUAUGGCUCCAUGAAGGACAUCUCUGUUUACAACAUGCUGGGCCUGAACCCCUCACAGAUUUAUAUUGUUGGAAGACCUUCAAAGAAGUACCAGAAUCAAUGCCAGUUCCUGAGCGAGGGAUAUGCAGCACACCUCUCCACGCUCCAGUUUGGGCACAGAGCCAGACCCAAGAAAUCCCCCUCGGUCCGCAUGGUCUUGAGAAAAGGUUCAUUUGGUCUCUCGGCCAAGCCCGACUUCCUGUGUAAGCGCACCCACCUGCGCAGGACCAUGUCAGUCCAGCAGCCUGACCCACCCUGCACGCCCAACCCCAAACCAGAGCGAGCCCAGAGCCAGCCAGAGUCAGACAAAGACCACGGUGGAGGAGGUGGUGGGCAAGGGCCAUGGGGACGGGCCUCCAUCCAUCGUGGAGACACCACUCCCUGACAUCGAGAAAGGAUUGUAGGAGGAAA